AUGUCCGUCCCCUCACCCACGCCCCAAGCCAGCAAUCCCGUAACGAUGGCCGAGCUAGACCAAGCGUGCGCAACGCUAGGCGUCGAGAUGGCCGACGCCGAGAAAGAGGACUACCGGGCGUUAUUAGGCGGGUUCCACGACGCGGCGGAGGCGCUGAUGGCGCUGCCCGACGUUGUGCCGGCCGUUGACCUCGCGCGCUUUCCGAGAGAGCAUGUCCACCCUCCGGACCCAGAGGCGAAUGCGCAUGGUGCGUGGGCGUGGCGGUGCAGCAUCAAGGACCAGAGCACCGAAAGGAAAAAGCCUGGCCUGCUGGCGGGCAGGACCGUCGUGCUCAAGGACAGUAUCGCAGUCAAAGACGUGCCGAUGGAGCUGGGCACCGAGUUCGUCAAGGGCAUUGUGCCGAACACGGAUGCCACGGUCGUGACCCGGCUGCUGGAAGCCGGCGCCCAUGUUAUUGGGAAGGCCGUGUGCGAGAACCUCUGCCUGAGCGCGACGUCGCACUCGGCGGCGAGCGGCCCGGUCCACAACCCCUUCGCGAGGGGGUACUGUAGCGGGGGCAGCUCGAGCGGCUGCGGAGUGCUGGUGGCGCUGGGAGAGGCGGAUUUGGCCGUCGGGGCGGACCAGGGCGGCAGUGUGCGCAUCCCGGCUUGCAACUGCGGGAUUGUGGGCUUGAAGCCGACGUUUGGGCUGGUGCCUUAUACGGGGUGCGCGAGCAACGAGCCGACAAACGACCACUUGGGCCCUAUGACCCGGACGGUCAUGGACAACGCGCUAAUGCUCCAGGCCAUGGCGGGGACAGACGACAUCGACGACCGCAGCUUCGCCGCGCCACCGCCGUCCCGGAUCCCGCAAUAUGGCGCCAUGCUUUCAGGGCUCAAGGACCCGCGGGACCUCUCGGGCGUUCGGCUCGGCAUCAUCACGGAGGCUCUGACGGGAGCAGCGGUGGACGCGCGGGUGCGAGCGACGGUGCUGCGGGCGAGCUCGCAGCUGGCGGCCCUGGGGGCCACGGUCGAGCACGUCUCGAUACCGCAGUGGGAACAAGGCCGGACGAUCUGGACGGCGGUCAGCAAAGCGGGGGGGUUCCUGACCAAGACGAUCGGGGCGCCAGGGCGGCGCGGGUUCCAGCUGCUGGAGCUGAACGAGCAGCUCUGGCCGCUGGCAGGGCAAGGGCGAGGGGAGCGGUGGGCGCGCGCGUCGGCCGCGACCAAGAACGUCUACGUGAACGGGGCGCACGCCGCGCGCGCCUUCCCGCUCCUGCCGGCCAAGGCCAGCAAUCUGUCGCGCGGGCUGCGGGCCGCCGUCGACGCGGCCCUGGCUGGGCGCGACGCGCUGCUCGCGCCUACGCUGCCCGCCGUGGCGAAGAGACAUUGCGCGCAAGAUGCCCGGCCACUUGACCAGCUGCUGCCACUGCUCGACCUUACGAGCAACACGUGCCAGUUCAACUUGACGGGACAUCCGGCGCUAACGGUGCCGGUGGGGAUGCUGGAGGCGCUUGACGAGGAGGAGGAGGAGGAGGGUGGCGGCGGGGUGCGGCUGCCGGUGGGGCUGCAGGUGGUGGGCAGGUGGUGGGCCGAGGAGACGGUCUAUCGAGUGGGCUACGCGUGGGAGCAGGCGCACGACUGGCGUGGGCAGUGA